AUGGUCACCGUCAUCACUGUGGUCACCGUUAUCACCGUGGUCACUGUCAUUACCAUGGUCACUGUCGUGAUCUCUGUGGUCACCGUCAUCACCGUGGUCACUGUCGUCAUUACCAUGGUCACCAUCAUCACUGUGGUUACCAUCACCAUGGUCACCAUCACCAUGGUCACCAUCAUCAUCACUGUGGUCACCGUCAUCACCAUGGUCACCAUCAUCACCAUGGUCACUGUUGUCAUCACUGUGGUCAUCACUGUCAUGAUGCUGGGCCCUUAUCCAGACCCACCAUCAGAUUUCCUGAUUUUUGGACAGGAAGAGAACACAAUAUAUUUGUCCUGGCAACUCCCACAAGGAGGCUUUGAAAAGUUUCAGGUAUCCUACUGUGUGGCCUCUAGGAAGGAGAAACCUUUUGAAAUAAUCGUUUAUGGCAACAAGGCCAAAGUAAAGACUCUGACCCCAGGUGUGGACUACAUGUUUCAUGUGGAGACAGUUAGAGGUGAAGAUCACAGUACAUCUGUAACGGAAACAGUGACGACAAAACCAGAAAAACCCACGAAACUUAAAGCCUUCAAUAUUUCUGCGUAUUCCUUUUCUCUGUGCUGGAGCCUGCCCUCUGGCCACGUGGAAAGGUUUCAUGUGGAUCUUGUUCCUGACAGCGGCUUUGUUACUAUCAAAGAUCUUGGAGGUGGAGAAUAUCAGGUUGAUGUUUCUAAUGCUGUUCCUGGUACUAAAUACAAUGUAACCAUUGCUUCUAUUUCUGCUACAACAUACAGCUCACCUGUCAGCAGAAUAGUCACAACAAAUGUAACAAAACCAGGGCCUCCAGUCUUCCUAGCAGGAGAACGAGUUGGAUCUGCUGGGAUUCUUCUCUCUUGGAAUACACCACCUAAUCCAAAUGGAAGGAUUAUAUCCUACCUUGUGAAAUAUAAGGAAGUUUGUCCUUGGACGCAAACAGUAUAUACACAAGUUAGAACAAAGCCAGACAGCCUGGAAGUUCUUCUAACUAAUCUUAAUCCUGGAACAACAUAUGAAAUCAAGGUUGCUGCUGAAAACAGUGCUGGCAUUGGAGUGUUCAGUGAUCCAUUUCUCUUCCAAACUGCAGAAAGUGCGCCAGGAAAAGUGGUGAAUCUCACAGUCGAGGCCUUUAACUAUUCAGCUGUAAACCUGAUAUGGUAUUUACCACAGCAACCAAAUGGCAAAAUUACCAGCUUCAAGAUUAGUGUCAAACAUGCCAGAAGUGGGAUAGUAGUGAAAGAUGUCUCCAUCAGAGUAGAGGACCUUUUGACUGGGAAAUUGCCGGAAUGCAAUGAGAAUAAUGAAUCUUUUUUAUGGAGUACAACCAGCCCUUCUCCAGCCCUGGGUAGAGUCACGCCUCCAUCACGUACCACGUACUCAUGGAGCACCUGGGCACGGGGCGAGAUGAGCUCUGUGUGGAAAGAGCCUAUCAGUUUUGUGGUGACGCACCUGAGGCCUUAUACGACAUACCUUUUUGAAGUUUCUGCUGUGACAACUGAAGCAGGUUAUAUUGAUAGUACGAUUGUCAGAACACCAGAAUCAGUGCCUGAAGGACCACCACAAAACUGUAUAGCAGGCAACAUUACAGGGAAAUCCUUUUCGAUUUCAUGGGACCCACCCACUGUAGUAACAGGGAAAUUCAGUUACAGGGUUGAAUUAUCUGGACCAUCAGGCCGGAUUUUGGAUAACAGCACAAAAGGCCUUAAAUUCGCAUUCACUAACUUGACACCAUUUACAAUGUAUAAUGUGCAUGUGGCUGCUGAAACCAGUGCUGGGAUUGGACCCAAAUCAAAUAUAUCAGUAUUCACUCCCCCAGAAGUUCCAGGUGCAGUAUCUGAUUUACAAAUUGUGGAAGUAGAAGCUACACAAAUAAGAAUUAGUUGGAAGAAACCACAACAGCCCAAUGGAAUCGUUAACCAGUAUCGAGUGAAAGUGCUUGUUUCCGAGACAGGAGUCGUUGUGGAUAACACUUUGCUCACAGGAAAAGAUGAGUACAUAAACAACCCCAUAGUUCCAGAAACAGUGAAUAUAGAGUCAAAGACAGGAAUAUUUGAGGGUUCAGCAGAGAUGUCUUCUGACCUGUACUCACUUGCUUCAGUUAUGUACAAUCAUCAUCUGUAUAAUAACUUUCCUGCAUGGAAUGGAGCUGAAGACCAGCAUUCAGCAGUUGGAACGACAAGGAAUCAGCAUAUCACUGACCUCCCUGCUGAACAGCUGUCUCACGUUAUCAGGGGACUUGUACCUUUCACGGAGCACAUGAUUAGUGUAUCUGCUUUCACCAUCAUGGGGGAAGGACCACCAACGGUUCUCAGUGUGAGGACACGUGAGCAAGUGCCAAGCUCCAUUCAAACUAUAAACUAUAAAAAUAUUAGUUCCUCAUCUAUUUUGUUAUAUUGGGACCCUCCAGAAUACCCCAAUGGAAAGAUAACUCAUUACACAAUCUAUGCAGCGGAACUGGGUGCAAACAGAGCAUUCCAGAUGACUACUUCAGACAACAGCUUUCUCAUCACAGGGUUAAAGAAAUACACAAAAUAUAAAAUGAGAGUGGCUGCCUCCACCCAUGUUGGAGAAAGUCCUUUGUCUGAAGAAAAUGACAUCUUUGUGAGAACUCCAGAAGAUGAACCAGAAUCAUCACCUCAGGAUGUGGAAGUUGUUGAAGUUAAUGCAAGUGAAAUAAAUUUGAAAUGGUCACCACCUGAGAAACCCAAUGGGGUUAUUGUUGCUUAUGAAGUUCUCUAUAAAAAUAUAAAUACCUUAUUUAUGAAGAACACCUCAACAACAAACAUCAUUUUAAGAGACUUGAAACCUUAUACCCUCUAUAACAUUUCUGUCAGGUCAUAUACCAGACUGGGUCACGGCAAUCAGUUAUCUUCUUUACUCUCUGUAAGGACUUCUGAGACUGUGCCUGAUAGUGCACCAGAAAAUAUUACUUACAAAAAUAUUUCUUCUGGAGAGAUUGAGCUAUCAUUCCUUCCCCCAAGUAGUCCCAAUGGAAUCAUACAAAAAUAUACAAUUUAUCUCAAGAGAAGUAAUGAAAAUGAGGAAAGAGCUAUAAAUACAACCUAUCUGACCCAGAACAUUAAAGGACUGAAGAAAUAUACCCAAUAUAUGGUUGAGGUGUCUGCUAGUACACUCCAAGGGGAGGGAGUGCGGAGUGCACCCAUAAGUGUACUGACAGAAGAAGAUGCUCCUGAUUCUCCCCCCCACGACUUCUCUGUGGAACAGUUGUCUGGUGUCACAGUGAAGUUGUCAUGGCAACCACCGCUGGAGCCAAAUGGAAUUAUCCUCUAUUACACAGUUUAUGUCUGGAAUAGACCUUCAUUAAAAACUCUUAAUGUAACUGAAACAUCAUUAAAGUUUUCAGAUUUGGACUAUGAUGUUGAAUAUAGUGCUUAUGUAACAGCUAGCACCAGAUUUGGCGAUGGGAAAAUGAGAAGCAAUAUCAUUAACUUUCGAACACCGGAGGGAGCACCAAGUGAUCCUCCCAAAGAUGUUCAUUAUGCAAAUCUCAGUUCUUCAUCAAUAAUUCUCUUUUGGAUGCCUCCUUCAAAACCUAAUGGGAUUAUACAGCAUUAUUCUGUUUAUUAUAGCAAUACUUCAGGUACUUUCAUGCAGAAUUUUACACUCCGUGAAGUAACCAGUGAGUCUGACAAUCUGACCGCAUCUGCAAUAAUAGAUAAACUGGCAAUAUUCAGUUACUAUACAUUUUGGGUAACAGCAAGUACCUCAGUUGGAGAUGGGAAUAAAAGCAGUGACGUAGUUCAAGUAUACACGGAUCAAGACCUACCUGAAGGGCUUGUUGGAAACCUGACUUACGAGUCCAUUUCGUCAACUGCAGUAAAUGUAAGCUGGGGCCCGCCAUCUCAACCAAAUGGUCUAGUCUUCUACUAUGUUUCUCUAAGCUUACAGCAGACCCCUCGCCAUGUGAGACCACCUUUACUUACAUAUGAAAGAAGCAUGUAUUUUGAUAAUCUGGAAAAAUACACUGAUUACAUAUUAAACAUCACUCCAUCGACAGAAAAGGGAUUUUCUGAUACCUAUACUGCCCAGCUAUACAUCAAAACUGAAGAAGAUGUCCCAGAAACUUCACCAGUAAUCAACACUUUUAAAAAUCUUUCCUCUACCUCCGUUCUCUUAUCGUGGGAUCCCCCAGUAAAGCCAAAUGGUGCAAUAAUAAGUUAUGAUUUAACUUUGCAAGGACCAAAUGAAAAUCACUCUUUUAUUACUUCUGAUAACUAUGUAAUACUGGAAGAACUUUUACCAUUUACACUCUAUAGUUUUUUUGCUGCUGCAAGAACUUUAAAAGGACUGGGUCCUUCCAGUGUUCUUUUCUUUUACACAGAUGAGUCAGUGCCUUUAGCUCCUCCUCAAAAUUUGACUUUAAUCAACUAUACUUCAGAUUUUGUGUGGCUGAAAUGGAGGCCGAGUCCUGUUCCAGGCGGUAUUGUUAAAGUAUAUAGUUUUAAAAUUCAUGACCAUGAAAAUGAUACUGUAUUUUAUAAGAAUAUUUCAGGUUUUCAAACUGAAGCCAAAUUUGUUGGACUGGAACCCGUCACCACCUAUUCUAUCAGUGUAUCUGCCUUUACCAAAGUUGGAAAUGGCAAUCAAUUUAGUAAUGUAGUAAAAUUCACAACCCAAGAAUCAGUUCCAGAUGCCGUACAGAACUUGUGGUGUAUGGCAACCAGUUGGCAGUCAGCCGUGGUGAGGUGGGAUCCACCAAGCAAGGCAAAUGGAAUGAUCACACAUUAUGUCAUAACAGUUGAAAGGAACACCACUGAAGUCUCUCCCCGAGAUCAUAUGUAUACUUUCAUGAAACUGCUUGCCAAUACUGCAUAUGUCUUUGAAAUAAGAGCUUCAACCUCAGCUGGUGAAGGUGACAAAAGGACAUGCAACAUCAGUACACUACCUGAAACAGUUCCCAGUGUUCCCACAAACAUCACUUUUUCGAACGUACAGUCAACCAGUGCCACACUGACAUGGGUGAGGCCUGACAGAAUCUUUGGCUACUUCCAGAAUUAUAAGAUUACUACGCAACUUCGGGCUCAGCAGUGCAGAGAAUGGGAAUCUGAAGAAUGUGUUGAAUAUCAAAAAAUCCAAUACCUCUAUGAAUCUGACCUCACUGAAGAGACGGUAUACGGAUUAAAGAAAUUUCGAUGGUAUAGAUUCCAAGUGGCCGCCAGCACUAAUGCUGGCUAUGGGAACGCUUCAGGCUGGGUGUCCGCGCAAACCCUGCCUGGCCCUCCAGAUGGUCCUCCUGAAAAUGUGUUCGUAGCAGCAACAUCAGCUUCUAGCAUCAGUAUCAGCUGGAGUGAACCUGCCGUCAUUACUGGACCAACUUUCUAUCUGAUAGAUGUCAAAUCGGUAGAUAGUGAUGAAUUUAAUAUUUCCAUCAUCAAAUCAAAUGAAGAAAAUAAAACCAUAGAAAUUAAAGACUUAGAAAUCUUCACAAGGUAUUCUGUGGUGAUCACUGCAUUCACUGGAAACAUUAGUGUUGUUUGGGGAGAAGGGAAGUCCAGUGCGGAAAUGAUUGUUACCACUUUAGAAUCAGUCCCCAAGGAUCCACCUAACAACAUGACAUUUCAGAAGAUACCAGAUGAAGUUACAAAAUUUCAGUUAACAUUCCUUCCUCCUUCUCAACCCAAUGGAAAUAUCCAAGUAUACCAAGCUUUGGUUUACCGAGAAGAUGAUCCUACUGUUGUCCAGAUUCACAACCUCAGUAUUAUCCAGAAAACAGACACAUCUGUCAUUGCAAUGUUAGAAGGACUAAAAGGUGGACAUACAUACAAUAUCAGUGUUUAUGCCAUCAAUAGUGCUGGUGCAGGGCCAAAGGUUCAGAUGAGAAUAACCAUGGACAUUAAAGCUCCAGCACGACCGAAAACCAAACCAACCCCUGUUUAUGAUGCCACAGGAAAACUGCUUGUGACUUCAACAACAGUUACAAUCAGAAUGCCAGUAUGUUACUACAGCGAUGAUCACGGCCCCAUCCAAAAUGUGCAGGUGCUGGUAGCAGAAACAGGAGCUCAGCAUGAUGGAAAUGUAACAAAGUGGUAUGAUGCAUAUUUUAAUAAACCAAGGCCAUAUUUUACAAAUGAAGGCUUUCCUAACCCUCCAUGUACAGAAGGAAAGACAAAGUUCAGUGGCAAUGAAGAAAUCUACAUCAUAGGUGCUGAUAAUGCGUGUAUGAUUCCUGGCAAUGAAGACAAAAUUUGCAAUGGACCCCUGAAACCAAAAAAGCAAUACCUAUUUAAAUUUAGAGCCACAAAUGUCAUGGGACAAUUUACUGACUCAGAUUACUCUGACCCUGUUAAGACUUUAGGGGAGGGACUUUCAGAACGGACUGUGGAGAUUAUUCUUUCAGUCACUUUGUGUAUCCUUUCAAUCAUUCUUCUUGGAACAGCUAUUUUUGCAUUUGCAAGAAUUCGACAGAAGCAGAAAGAAGGUGGCACAUACUCUCCUCGGGAUGCAGAAAUUAUUGACACUAAAUUCAAGCUGGAUCAACUCAUCACAGUGGCAGACCUGGAGCUGAAGGACGAGGGAUUAACGCGGCCGAUAAGCAAGAAAUCCUUCCUGCAACAUGUUGAAGAGCUUUGCACAAACAACAACCUAAAGUUUCAAGAAGAAUUUUCGGAAUUACCAAGAUUACUUCAGGAUCUUUCUGCAACGGAUGCCGAUCUGCCUUGGAACCGAGCAAAAAACCGCUUUCCAAACAUAAAACCAUAUAAUAAUAACAGAGUGAAGCUGAUAGCUGAUGCUAGUAUUCCAGGAUCAGAUUAUAUUAAUGCCAGCUAUGUUUCUGGCUACUUAUGUCCAAAUGAAUUUAUUGCUACUCAAGGUCCAUUACCAGGAACUGUUGGGGAUUUUUGGAGAAUGGUGUGGGAAACCAGAGCCAAAACAUUAGUAAUGCUAACACAGUGUUUUGAAAAAGGACGGAUCAGAUGCCAUCAGUAUUGGCCAGAGGACCACAAACCAGUUACCGUCUUUGGAGAUAUAGUGAUUACAAAGCUGAUGGAGGAUGUUCAAAUAGAUUGGACCAUCAGGGAUUUGAAAAUUGAAAGGCAUGGGGAUUGCAUGACCGUUCGACAGUGUAACUUUACUGCUUGGCCUGAGCAUGGGGUUCCUGAAAACAGUGCCCCUCUAGUGCACUUUGUCAAGUUGGUCCGAGCAAGCAGAGCACAGGACACCACACCUAUGAUUGUUCACUGCAGUGCUGGUGUUGGAAGAACUGGAGUUUUCAUUGCUCUGGACCACUUAACGCAGCAUAUAAAUGAUCAUGAUUUUGUGGACAUAUAUGGAUUAGUAGCUGAGCUGAGGAGUGAAAGAAUGUGCAUGGUACAGAACCUGGCACAGUAUAUCUUUUUAUACCAGUGCAUUCUGGAUCUCUUAUCAAGCAAGGGAAGUAAUCAGCCCAUCUGUUUUGUUAAUUAUUCAGCACUUCAGAAGAUGGACUCUUUGGAUGCAAUGGAAGGUGAUGUUGAGCUUGAAUGGGAAGAAACCACCAUGUAAAUAUUCAGACCAAAGAUUAUAACUGGAAGGUAUUUUCAAAUCCCAGGGGCCAAAAUUACCCCUAGAUUCUUCUGAAUUGAAAUAUGUAACCUUAAAGAAAUCUCUGUGAUUCCCAUACUGUGCCUUACUAAAUGGACUGACAUUUCAUGAAUAGUUCUGAGAAGUAUCUAAUUCAGGAGAGUUAUUUGUUUUGUACAGAAUAAAUAUUAUGCAUUUAAAAUGUGUAAGAAAAAGUAUUCCAGAGAUUUUUGAAGUCUUCGAUAUUUUUGGAAUGAGCCAAAUAUAAAAAUUAUUAUUAUGUUAGUAUUGAUGCUUCAAUGUAAAUUUCCCCUACAUAUUGGGUUUAAUCUUGAACACGAGUUGUGAAUGUUGAUUCAGUCAUGUUAUUUUGGCCUCCAGGGUGUUAACGUUUCUUGCGGAUAACUUCCACCACUGUCAUAAUGAUCUGUACUUCCAUGUAUGCCCCUGUGUUUUGAAUCCUCUGUUUUAUGAGUGCUGAGAUAUCAUCUCAUGAUCUUGAACAGCUGAACAGUAACCCCCUGACACUGAAGGGAUUACUUAGCCUUUAUACAGCACACAGUAGCUCUUCGGGGACACUAGGGCUAUUUAAAUUGCAUUGUGAUCUCUAGUUUGGAAAAAAAAAAAGAAAAAUUAAACAAUGCGAUUGCUUAUAUGAAGGUGUAGAGUACUUUCCUAGCCUCUCCACAAUUGUAUAUUUUCAGGGACAAGCUGUUCCACUGUAUUGUGUAUUUAAACACAUCAUUAACUGUAUAAGAGUAUUUGUUCAUAAGAUGUAUUUUCAACUUAGUAUUAACAGUUUUGAAGGGUUUCUUCAGCAGAAAUGUAUAAAAACAUGGAAUGUAUUACAUGCCUAUAAACUAAUGAUGUGUUUCUGUGGUGCCAACAGAGACUUCUGAAUAGAUUGUAUCAAAUGGUCUUUAUCUCACUUCCCAAGGUUGAUUACGGAGGAGUCUAUUUGGUGGGACUGAAAACAAAGAAAUUAACCAGCUUGUAACAAAUUAGAGAUUUUUUUUAAAGGAAAGUAUUUUCACCUCCUUAUCAUUAGAUACUGACAAUGUACUAAGCAAGUUUUGAACUAUAUGAAAUUAUGUUGUCAUAGAUUUCAAAUAAAUGUCAUAAAAUGAAAUAGUAUUAUUUAUUAUAUUUCAUCUAUGAUCAAAAUUAUAGCUUAUGCUUAUUUCUGCUGAAAUAUACAUACAAAAAAUAUAUGACCAAUAAAAUUGAGUUUUAAAGAA